AUGGUUACUACAACAUGUAAUAAUACCAUUGAGAUAAAUGCUGUUGAUGUUCGAUUAGCCAACCAGAUACAUGAUCGCACGCUAUGCUAUGAAGAACUAACAAUCAAAGAUGGUGAUAAUGAAAAUGGCAGAAACAGAACCAUCACUUGCAAGGAAAAAGAAUUACACACAUUUCAACCUCUCUUUACUAGCAAAACCAAUCAAAUCAACAUUGAUUUAGAAACAACCAUUAAACAUGUAGGAAAAGUAUGGCUACAAGUAACAGGUACAAAACCAGAAUCUGAGAUAGAAUUACGAUGUGGUAGUAACGUGCUAUUAGAAAUCAAUGAUGAACACACCUGUAGUACGCCUAUUACAUCUACUGUAAGGAAUAAUAUUAAUACAAACUGUUCAGGUGAUGAUGAUGAUGAUGAUGACUGUAAACAGAAAACUGGUACUGGUGAAAUAAAUGGCUUGUCAGCUGGUAUUAUAGGAGGUGUAACUGUGGCUGUUGUUUUAAUUCUACUGAUAAUUAUCAUCAUUUUACUUCUGGUGUUCAGAGCAAGAAGAGACAACAGACAGGCAACAGAAAAUGUUUAUGAAAGACCUGUCAUUGUAGAGCACAUCCCUAAUCCAUACCAAACAAUAAUGCCUGACACCUCACUAGAAGAAGGAGCUGUCGGUAUCAAUAAUCCAGUUUAUGAUGAUAGAAAAGACCCUACCUUCAAUGGUGAUGAUUAUCUAACACCAGUAACAGGAUCUUAUGAUAAUGUUGAUGAUGCUUUUGAACGAAAAUUUAGUAGAAAUUGAUAUUGAUAUAUAUUAUGAGUUCAUGGUUAAGAAAUGUAUGCAUUUUCAAUCACUAAUGACAACCAUCUUAAUUAGUAAAAGCACAUCAAAAGUAAAACUUUUAAAGGAUUAACAAUGACCGGGGCCUAUGUAAAUUGAGGAGCUUUACUUUCUACUUUACUCCUCAUGUCGCUUUCCGAUUGGAAAUCAAAACACAUCAGGGUUAGGUUUUACUGCUUUUAUUAAUACAUUACAUGCACUAAUCGUACUUGUACGUAAAAACUCAAUGCCCCGUCAGUGAGGUAUGGUACAUUAACAUGGCGACAAUAAUAAACGUGGUUCUGUUUCAAAGGAGGAAGUAACUCUAAAACAUGGAUUCAGACAACUAAUUAAUUAUCCUGCGUAAGUGUAUAAGUACAUAUAAACGAGAAACGUUGCCGUCCAAUACAUGGCUUCCCUAAAUUGAGCAUAUGAGUGACACAUUAAUGAUCAAUUUACUGACUAAUCUUCAAACUAAAACAAAUUACAUUUAAUCAAAACAUUACAUAUAUUAUGGCGUGUUGGGGAUUCCCGAAUCUCCCUGUCUAUGGGCUAAAAUAAGUAUAAAUUUAUGGAUAGGUCUUUCAAGCACCUUUCUAGGAGACUGUCUUUUGCCGUCCUUAUCAAUGUCACAAGGAAUUUCUACCUUGACCAUACGCGUUAAAUUGUCACCACUCGGAAAAGUUUUAGACACUCUCCCAAGUUUCCACAAAUUUGAGGAAGCUUGUCAUCUUUAAUUAAAACAAUAUCAUUAAUUUUCAAAUUAUUAACUGGCUUAAACCACUUCUGCCGAACUUGUAGUGAUUGCAAGUAUUCAUGACACCAGCGAUGCAGAACUCUUUGGCUAAGAACUGGACCCUACGCCAUCGCUUUCUGAGAUACAUAUCUUCACAAACAAAUACUCCAGGGGGUGGUAACACUAAUUGACCCUUCAUGGUUAAUAAAUGAUUAGGAGUAAUUGGCGAAGGAAAAUCUGGGUCAUUUAUAUCAUUGAUAGCUAGAGGUCUAUUAUUAAUUACUGACUCAGCCUCGGUCAUGAAGGUUAAAAGCGUUUCAUCGUCUAAUAUGGUACCAUGAUUGUGAAGCAAGGCAAUUAAAACAUUGGUGUAUUCAUCUUAAAGGUUAUCCAAUCACAUCCUGUCUUUAAAAGUUCCUUCGAAAUUCCAUCAUUGUUCAUUUCUUUCAGUGCCGCCUUUAACUCUGUUUGCGCUCUCACAAAGUUGGUACUUUGAUCUGAACGUAACUGUCUAACUGGUCCCCUUCUGCAGAUGAAACGUCUAUAAGAAUUCAAGAAGGAAUCUGUAUCCAUUUUGUGUGCGACCUUUAAAUGAAUGGCUCGAGAGGCCAUGCACACAAAUACUACACCGUAUCUUUUAAUCUCUUUACGACCUUCUCAAACAAUCCAAGGGCCAAAAUAAUCCACGGCUGCAUAACUGAAUGGUGGGGCUGGCUCAAGUCGAUCUUUUGGAAGUGAAGACAUCUUUUGAACUUGUGUACUACCAAUCAACUUCUUGCAAGUUACUCACUUGGAUAUGAUGCUGGAAAUUGCUGAUCUUCCACCCACUAUCCAAUAUCCAGAUGACCUUAUCAGGCUAUGAGUAAUUCCACGACCUUGGUGAUUAGACUUGGCGUGAUAAGCUCUCACUAUGAGUUCUGUUAUAUGACUUUGUUUUGGAAUAAUAACAGGGUGCUUGUAAUCCACAGGUAGAUCAGCGUCAUCGACAUCCAGAAAAACAUCUAAUUUGUACAAAGGACUAGGAGCCUUUAACGCGACUUUCUCUUCCUUUCUUAUAGUUCUAUCCUUUACUCUCUCUACUUCCCAUAAUAUCACAAUUUCUGAGCGUUUUAAAUCAAGGCGAGGUAUGGUUACAAGUUUUGUGGGUGUAACUCUAGACUUUGCUAAAACUAAUGAUACGUGGAUCUGAUCAUUAUGGUCUAUCAGCAUCAAAUAACUACACUGACCGUAUCCGGUCAAAGAUGCAUCACUAAAAUGAUGGAGUUCUAUUAAUUUGCUUCUUCCAAGAGCGACUGGUUUGAACAAUCUUUGAAUCUGGAUCUCUGAGAGUUGGAGUAGGUCUGUCCUCCACUUUGUCCACUGUUGUCUAACAUUCUCAGAUACAGAGUCAUCCCAACUGUUACUUUCCCUACAUAGUGUUUGGAGUAACUUCUUGGCUAUCAAGAUAAAUGGUGACACUAAGCCCAGGGGAUCAAAAACAGAGCUUACGGUCGACAAUAUACCACGUCUUGUGAGUGGUCGGUCUUGUAGGUCGAUGUGAAAGUGAAAUGUGUCACUUUCUACGCACCACUGUACGCCAAGGGCUCGUUGUAUACUUUCUUGAUCUUUAUCUACGCCAAAUGUCUUAGGUCCACUUGCUCUUUCUUCUUCCGGUAUACUGUCCAAUACAGCUUUAUCAUUACACAAGAACUUGUGCAAUUGAAAUCCAGCCCUUUCACAUAUCUCCUUACUAUUGGAUAUCAACUCUUUGGCUUCUUUAACAAGGAUUUCAGGCUGUCGUCAAGGUAGAAAUCGCGUCUUAUAAAUUCAGCAGCCUGGGUUCCUAACUCAGAUUCAUACUUAUUUGCAGCUGCCUUCAGUCCAUAGUUAGCACAGCCUGGUGAUGAACUCGCCCCAAAGAGAUGAACUGUCAUUCGGUAUACCGUGGGUUCUUUAAGAAAGUCAUCACUGUCCCACCAAAAGAAUCUUAAGUAGUUACGGUGCUCUAUGUUGACUUUCAACUGAAAAAACAUUGAUUCGAUGUCGCAAAUAAAUGCAAUCUUGUCCUUUCGAAAACCUGCACAGUACUCCGACAAGAUUAUUCGUCAAAUCUGGCCCAUGGAGUAGGUGAUUAUUUAAAGAAUAUCCUUGGUAAGUAUGACUACAAUAAAAAACGACUAUAAACUUAUUAGGUUUUUUGGGGUGGUACACGCCGUGGUGUGGAAUAUACCAGACGUGGCCGUCGUCCAAUAACAAUUCGUCUGUAGGUACAACCUCAGCAAACCCACUAUCCAUUAUCUUUUUCAUAAAUGUUCUGUAAUCCUCCUGAUAUUUCUUGUCUUUGGAAAACUUAGUUCUAAGUCCGUUUAGUCUCUUUAAAACCGCAGAUUUAUUAUCAGGGAGUUUAACAUCAGCACCCUUAAAAGGCAAGGGCAUUUCAAACCGUCCAUCUUUCAUCUCAUGUAUGCCCUUCUCCACUAUAUUCAGGAAUCUGCUAUCUUCAUACGAAAGUUGCUUCUCAUUAGAGUCCUCGUUGAAAUCAAGUUCGAACAUUCUAACAACUUGCUUUGGGUUUAUAAGCUCUUUCGCUUUAGUUCUAAAGGCAAAGUGACAAGUCUUGACACCUACUGUAGAAGUACACAAAUCUGUAUCUCCGCUUUCAACCAUUCCGAUUAUCCCCCAUCCAAGGUGGUUCGGACUGCGUAAGGAUCGCUUUCCUUACCAGGAAUAACUUCAAGGGGUUUAACCGCUUUUAUGCAGUUUAUUCCAAUGAGCAAACCAAUUCUUAUGUAUGGGUUAUGCGGCAUAAUAUCAUGCCGGAUUUUACGUAGGUGGGGCCAAUUAUCCACUGAUUCUCUUCUUGGUAUUUGACUGCGACUAGCAGGAAUCUCAUCGCGGGAAUAUGUGGUUGGUAAGGAUAUUUCUUCACCCUGGUUGAUACCUCUAAGGACUAAUCCUGAUAUUUUCUUACUUUUUAUCACAGAUGUCCCUAGCAUCGUCGACAAACUCAGGUCUGUUUCAAUACCAUUGAUCCUUAAAUCGUCAAUAAGUUUAUUAUCGAGGAAACAGGCAUCGGACUGGUCAUCAAUAACAGCAUAGAUUUCUAGAACGUUUGUAUGGUUGUCUUCCUGGUAUAUCUUAACGGGAACAAUUAAUGUGUGGGAUACACAACGGGAACCGGUGAUAUGAUUAACUACAGCAGACAUUCCGUUGGAUUUUCCAGAAGCCUUUGUUACUUCCGUGUUUUCAUUCGAAUGUCUUGGAAAAUAAUUGUCAUCGUGUAGGGCGGUGGGAUGAAAGCCUUUACACUUGGUACAAAUCUUUCUUUUAUUACAUUUGGCAUUCAUAUGACCCACCGUUAAACACCCAAGACAAAUAGAAUGUUUAAGAAUAAAGUCAAAUUUCUCCUUCACACUCAAGUCCAGAAAUUUCUUACAAGUAUCAAGACUAUGAUAGUUCCUACACAGUGCACAAGGACUUUCAUUUACGGCAGUUGAUAAAGUAGGAGAAGAACUCUUAGAUCUAGAUUUUCUGUCAUCAGUGUCAGCAUACACGGCUUUAUGUGAAGUGAUCGGGUUACACAGUAUACAAGCCUCUUUCUCAAUAAAGUCGGCUGCCCUCUCCAUCUUAGCUUCAAGAGAAUUUAUACUAUGACAAGAACCUUUAGAUGACCGAGACUGAUUUGAUUUAGCAGAUUUACAAUUACUAUACAUAGUAUUAGAUUUAGAUCUACGAGAAUGCAUAGAAACUUUAUCAAUAUCAUUAUCAAUCAUUUUAGGAACAUUAAUAAUAGUUUUAGAUUUAUGACCAGACUUAGGCCUACUAGAGUGCUGUGAACGAAUUGAGCCCUGCGUGGACUUGUGCGAUUUCUAACUAACAGAACUAGAACUAUAAGAAUAAAAACAUUCAUUAUUUUCAACGUUUGUAUUAGAUUCUGAACUUUCUGUGAAUUUUCUGUUUUAUUCUUAGCGUUACCAAUAUUAGUAGACGUUUGAGCCUUAACUUGAGGGCUGUCUAAUUUAUCAGAAUCCACAGAAACAAAAUCGUGAAUCUUUUUAUUAAAUAUAUUGACAAUUUUAUUAAUUUCAUUCGAAUAAGAAUUAAAGUUCGCAUUGUGAGCUUCUAGUUCUUCUUCGGUCUCUAUGAAGUCUUCUAAGGUAGUGUUUGCAGUAACGAAUUCUUUUUAACACACUUCAAGUCUGUCUCUUUCCUGUCUCAGUUCUUUCACAUCGACAUAUUUCUCAAAUGUCUCAAUGUCCGUUUCCGCAAUCAAUCUUCUCCACCUUUUCAAACACACGUGGUAGUCUCUUUCAGCUUUCUGUUUAUUAAUUUCUUUCAUUUUCUCAGUAGGAAUUCUUUUCCUGUGCCUAUCUUCUAAUUCUAUGUUUUCUUCGUCAUCAUUAUCAACACAAACAUGAACUAUUUUUGAUUUCGAACCUGUUAUUUCUUCUUUAGAUGCCAUUAUGUACAUUUUUAUCUUUCUUUCUUUCAAGCUAUCAGUCAGUUUUUCUUUCUGUCUUUCUUCUUUUAUUUCUGACGUCAAACUUCGUAGGCCUACCAGAUUUCCACUCAAAUUCAACAAACGAAGAGUUUUUACUGUAACUUGAGGAGCUUUACUUUCUACUUUACUCCUCAUGUCGCUUUCCGAGUGGAAAUCAAAACACAUCAGGGUUAGGUUUUACUGCUUUUAUUAAUACAUUACAUGCACUAAUCGUACUUGUACGUAAAAACUUAAUGCCCCGUCAGUGAGGUACGGUACAUUAACAUGGCGACAAUAAUAAACGUGGUUCUGUUUCAAAGGCGGAAGUAACUCUAAAACAUGGACUCAGACAACUAAUUAAUUAUCCUGCAUAAGUGUAUAAGUGCAUAUAAACGAGAAACGUUGCCGUCCAAUACAGCCUAUUUUAAGGUUUUAUUGAUGAAGCAUGGUUUCCAGAGAUGCAGUUUUAUUUGAUGGGUAUUUCCCACCUUGGGUUCCAACAAAAUUUCCAAAAUGUUACAAUUUUCAGCACAGAACUUGAUAGGCUUAAUUUAGCUUCUUCCAACACCUGUAUCAGUCCUACUAUGUCAGAAUAACCUUCUAAAAUCAUGACCAAUUAGUUGUGACCAAAAAAAGACUCGCCAGAAGUGGAAAAAAAAAUUCUUGUAUAUUUUUGUGUGAAAUAGCAUUAUUUAUCGUCCGCUUCCACCGAGGUGAUAUCGCAAACAAUUCCUGAAUAUUACCACACUUACACUUUUAUAACCAAAUAAGCGAAUGCCAUACACGAUAAGCCAAGAUUUUGUCAGAAAUCGAUAGAUCUCAUCCUCUCAUUGUCUAAAUGCCUCACAAUGAAUAUGAACCUGUUGCCUAUAUCACAUUCACAAGGUUUUUCGAGAAUAUGAAAAAAAAACAUGGUUAAAACUGUAGCCUCUAUCGCUUCAACAAAGUUUUUUGGGGAACAGAAGAUCAUGGAAUGCUGAUUAUCGAUAGGAGUCGUGCUUCCAUGUUCCCAAUUCAUCACACUAGGAGCUCACAAACUUUGUUAUGCUUUGUGUAUGUAAGCCCAUAACCCAAGCAGUUGCACCAAAAUCGAAUUCUAUCAACAUUUUUUGAUCCUCAACAAAUUAAUGUGAAAACAUGUCUGUAUAAAAAUUUACAUAAUUGACAGAUUUUUAUUGAAAGCUGAGUAUUGGUAUCAUUCACAGUCAAAAGAAACGUUCAAACAUACACGAACCUUUACUGUAACGUGCUUCUGGCGACGUUGAAGGUGUGUCACUUGGGUCAUCAACAGCUUUAUUUUUAGACAUUUACAUACAAAACACGAAAUUGAAACGAAAUCAAACGAUGUGACUGUUGGUCAUAAUGAUUGCUGAUGGCACACUUGCUAAGGUUCCCCAUACAAAUCCAAUCAGAUUCACAAGGAUACAUACCAUUUUUAUCAAAGCACAGAUUUUAGAUUCUCAAAACUAGGAUCUUUCAUUUCGAGUGACUUCUUCCAUGACAUUACCACCAUUUGAUCAGGGCUUUAUCUGCAUUAACACAGGGGACAAGUGGAUAUGGCUUUUUAUUCCUUUAUUAAUGAUAUAAAUGAGUGGUCCAAGAUGUAUUUCAGUGUGUAAAACUCGUCAAUUUGAAGUGAAAAGCUCUUGCAAAGUUGCAGACCUGUAUCCUUGGCCUGUUCAACUAUGACAAACUUUCAAUUUUAAGGAUGGUAUGGCCAUAAACAUAUCACCGAAUAGUGAUAUUAAUUUCUUUUUCAAAUAAUGCAUAAUUUAAUUCUUACUUCUAUAUUCAUCAAUAUGGCUGACUUUAUACUAUUCAUUGAUUUAGAUUUUAAUAUUUUGAUUUAAACCACUUAAAGUUUUUGCCCUAAGCAAGAAUGGUCUUGACUGUACUAUUAUAAUCUUUGAGGUGCCAAUAGGCUUAUUAGUAGAAAGCUCAAAAUAAAGAUUUAUACAUUUAACAAUGCAGUCAGAUCAGUGCCAAUCAAGUGUCGAUGCUUUUAAUUUUAUUUACGGCUUAAAGCUUAUUAACUAACUCUAUGUUAUUGUAAAACUUUUACCCAAUGAAAUUUAUAUAUUAAUUUAACUUCUUUCAUUUGAAUUGUUAAAAUAUUUUUAUCCCUAAUUUUAUCUUCAAUCUGAUUUGUCGAAAUGAUUGUCUUUUUGUCUGUAUGCAAAUUAGUUUGUUUAAAAGACCCCUACACAGACAGAAAAGAAUGUAAAAAAAAAUAUACAGGGAGAUCAGAUGAGAUAGGAGAUAAGAUUAAGACGUUUAGUAACCCUUUGAUAUGAUCUUGUAAAUAAUGUAUUUUUAAACUGUAUAUGAAGUAAUAUUGAAAUGGAUUUGGAAUUGGACUUAUAAUGCACAGUGACCACCUUCACUAGAAUACUUCUCCACGAAUGAGCUAUACACCCCCAAUCCUAGCUCAUCCAUAUGUAUGAAAUAUUACAUAUGUAUCACCUGGGUGCAUAUUCGAACCAAGAAUAGCCCCGAACCGUGGGUGAUAUAAUGGUGGAGAUGCCGAGUAGAGUGAACAAAAUUGUCUACUCUUGAUUCCGGUACAGCUAAGCGAGAUAAAUUGCAAACAUAUUUGGAAGAAGAAAGGAUGGAUAUCAACUUUAUUCUUCCUUCAGCAGCAGUAGCAGCAAUAAGAAAUCUGAAUCAACUACCAAUGUCUCAAACAGGAUAGGGGUUCUACAGAAAUAAGCUUUAAAUGGGGCUUCUCAGAAAAUUCAUUACCCAGUCCGGAAAAGAAAUAUCGUUCUUUUGCCAAAAGACAAAGGGAUAGACAGCGGCAGCUCGAAUUUUUUGCUAAGAAGGAUGCCCAAAAAGUACAGAUUUCUGUGGUCUCCAGUAAAAAGGAUGUGGGUGUCCAAAAUGUUCCUGAUACUAAAAAUGUGGCUGUUGGGAAUAACCCUGUGUUAAUGGUGACAAGAGAAACAAUAUGUCAUCCUGUAAAUAGCCAUGAUAAAGGUUGUCAAAUAAAUUUUGACAGUGAGGCAACGAUGAAAGAUGUUUCAAGUUCUAGUACCAAAACUACCAGCAGUCAAGACCAUCAACAUGUAAGAAUUUGUUCAACAAAUCCGACAAAGUGCUUAGACAAAGAGUUAAGAACACAAAACAAGAAUAUCUCAUUCAGUGGAAGAAUUGUCCAGCAACUUCGAAUUCUUGGGUUCUGGAGGAGGAACUAGAUUAUAGUGCUCAACAAUACAUAAAUGCGAAUUCAAAUAGAAUACAAGGACCCAGGUUACGUUUACCUGAUGAAAAAGUUAACCAGUACAAUUUGCAAGAACAUUAUUUUAUGCCUCACAUGAAUCCUAUGUACAGAAACAGAAAUUAUUAUGAAAAAAGGGAUAGAUUAUGUUACUUUGAUUAAUCGAAAAAAAAAGGAUUUUUGAUUUUAUUAAAUGCUUAAAACAUGGGGUCAUGUUUUUGUUUGAAGUAAGGGGGAUAUAUGACCGAUGUCUAGGUCAUAUGUUAUUUUAUUAUUUUUCAAUUCUGUUUUAAAUUUCAAAUCUAUAUUUUAAUUUUCAUUAAUGCUUGGUUAGUCAUUAGAGGCAGGCAGCAAUUAACCUGUCAGUCAAAUUAUGACAGGCUGGCAACUAAAGUGGUUGAUCUGUUAAGUCUCAUCUAACUAUUGUUUUAAAUGCCUUAAGUCUUAAUCCUUCAAUAAUUAUAUGUUUAUGUCAACACUUUCUAAGUAACUGAUUUGUAUAAAUAGACACAUGUAUGUUAGAUGAGGAUAUUAGUUGGAGAGACCAGCUUAGGGAACAUACUAGUUGGAGGUCCGAUAUAUAUGAAAUUAUAAGUUGUUAAAUUGUUGCUGUUAAUUAUUUGCUCCUGAAAUAAAGUGUUGAAGAUCCA